CAAAGGAAAGGAGUGCUUUGCUCGAAAUUUGAGUGGAAAAAGAGAACAGAGAAACCAAAAAUGUCGGGUAUGGGAGACGGGUACGUGGGCACGGCCCAAGACGCCGUGAGGAUCCGACGGCUCGAGAAGCAAAGAGAAGCCGAGCGACGCAAAAUCCAAGAGCUCAAAACCAAGUCCGCCUCCGACAAGGGCCAACCCGGUCUACUUCAGUUCGGGUCAAGUACUUCUGAGAUUCUUGAAACAGCAUUUAAGAAGGAAACUGUUGGUUUAGUCACCAGAGAAGAAUAUGUUGAGAAGAGGGUCAAUAUUCGGAAUAAAAUCGAAGAGGAAGAGAAGGAGAAGCUUCAAAAACUACAACAAGAAGAGGAGGAAUUGCAAUUGCAAAAACGUAAAAAGCGGAAGAUUAGGGGAAGUUCUCGAUUAUCUUUUGCCGAGGAUAUUGGGAGUGAUAGUGAAGAGGAGAGUGAUGAAUAUAAUAGAAUUGAAACUAGGAAGUUUGGGCCUGGAAAAUUUGGAAAAGAUCCAACAGUGGAGACUAGCUUUUUACCUGACAGUGAGCGGGAGGCAGAGGAGCAAGCUGAGCGUGAAAGGCUGCGGAAACAGUGGCUUCGAGAGCAGGAGCAGAUUCGAAAUGAGCCCCUUGAAAUUACUUACAGUUACUGGGAUGGAGCUGGCCAUAGACGAGUGAUCCAGGUGCGAAAGGGGGAUACGAUUGGAGAAUUUCUUCGAGGUGUUCAACAGCAACUUGCACCUGAGUUUCGAGAAAUCCGAACAACAUCAGUGGAGAAUUUGCUUUAUGUUAAAGAAGAUCUUAUAAUUCCUCAUCAACACAGUUUCUAUGAGCUUAUUGUCAACAAGGCAAGGGGCAAAAGUGGACCGCUUUUCCACUUUGACGUGCAUGAGGAUGUACGAACAAUUGCUGAUGCAACAAUAGAAAAGGAUGAGUCCCAUGCUGGGAAAGUUGUGGAGAGGCACUGGUACGAAAAGAACAAGCAUAUCUUCCCUGCUUCUAGAUGGGAGAUAUAUGACCCAACGAAGAAAUGGGAGCGUUAUACCAUCCACGGGGAUUAAUUAGUGAUAGACAAACAUAUAGUUUUGUAUAAUUUUGAUUUGUAUGCUCAUGUUAUUAGAUUUGGGACCAAGUAUGAAGGUAACUAUAGUCUUUCCUACAAUUAUUUAUAACAAAAUCAUGGAAUGAUGCAAUGGAAAUAUGAUGAUGGAAAGUUUAUGGAAUUAUAUAAUAAUGGACUGACUCUUGAAUCGUA